CCAAAACACUUCAUUUUCUUGCAAAUAGAAGCUUCAAUGGCUACUCUACGCUCUCCAUUUCUCUUAUUCUCCUUCUUUCUCUCACUCCCUAUCUUUGCCAUCGUAACUGAAGCCCAAGUCCCUACUGCACAGCAAUUCAAAUGGGUGAACCAAGGCGAAAUGGGCGAGUAUAUAACCGAAUACGGCGCCUUCUAUCGCCCGGUGACCGUCGAUGGCUUGUCCAGUUUCCAUUUCAGGGUCUGCUUCUACAACACUACCCCAAAUGCACAUGUCUUCGCCAUCCGCAUGGGGAACUCACGGGGCGAAGCCAUUAUGCGCUGGGUCUGGGAUGCUAACCGUAACGAUCCUGUCCGUGAAAAUGCCACUCUCACCUUCGGCCGGAAUGGCAAUCUCAUCCUUGCUGAUGCAGAUGGCCGCGUCGUCUGGCAAACCAAUACGGCCAACAAAGGCGUUACUGGCAUUAGGCUCCUCUCCACUGGGAAUCUAGUCCUUCAUGACAAGAACUGUAGGUUCUUAUGGCAGAGCUUCGACCAUCCUUCUGACACCCUCCUUGUGGGCCAGUCACUUCGAUUGGCUGGUACCAAGAAGCUCAUCAGCCGCACAUCGAACGUGGACGGAUCUGAUGGGCAGUAUAGCCUGGAGAUAGUUCGUAAUGGGUUCUUCAUGUUCAUGGAUUACUCCGGUACGCCUCUCCAGUAUGGAGGUUGGGGGAGGGAGCCUAAUCUUGAAGCGGUCACCUUCGUAAGCCAACAGAAUAAUAUAGAUGAUGCAUUCUUCCUAAGUUUGGAUUUCGUAGUUAAUGGGAGUGCCUUAGGUGGAUUCGAUUUGGUUAGGCUGAAUUACAAUAACACGUAUUCAUUCCUACGGUUGGGAUCGGACGGUAAUCUAAGGACAUUCACCUUCUAUGAUAAGGUAGUGGAAGGUGCAUGGAUGCCAACGUUUGCAUACUUCUCAGGCGACUUUGAUACGUUUCCAUUCUAUGAUUUCGGCUACGAUAGGAGGUGUGGAUUGCCGAAGAAGUGCGGCUCGCUUGGGUUGUGCCGAGAGGGAAUGUGCGUCGCGUGCCCUCAGCGCCAAGCCAUGUUGGGGUGGAGCGAGAAGUGCUCACCUCCAAAGCUCCCAUCGUCGUCAUGCAAGGCCAGCGCAAGCGUCGAUUAUUAUAAGAUUGACGGUGCAGAACACUUCUUGAGUAGGAAUGUGGAGGGAGUGGGGCCUAUGAAGGUGGAAGAGUGCAGGGAGAAAUGCAGCAAGGAUUGCAAGUGUGUAGGGUUCUUCUAUUGGAAGGAGACUUCCAAGUGCUGGGCUGUUCCUUUCCUUGGUACAAUCAGGAAAGUAGAAGAGUCAUCCCACACUGCCUAUAUCAAGUUCUCUAAAUAGGGCUUUCAUCUCCCCGCCUUGUUAUCUUGUAUUUCUAUUUUAAACCUUGCUUAUUUUCUACCGUUUGAUGUGUAAUUCUAGUAACAUUUUAAUCUUCAUGUUUUAAAGUUACAAAUAAUGGUGGCAACUUCGGUUGAGGGCUAUUAAUUAAUGCAAUUUAGAGUCCGGAUCCUCUGCUUGCGUCAAA